UGCGCUUAGUAAAAUGACAAACGAAGGUGUGAUAACUGUCAAAAUACACAAAAAUAACAUAAUUUUGAAAUGUUUAAACGAAACAGUUCAACUCAAGAAUCACAAUUGGGGGGAUUACAUGAAAUCCUUAAGAACAAUCCAAAAAAAUGUCAACAUAGCAUUAACCGAACUCGUGGAACAGGAAAAAACCGGUGACGAACAAAUGGACAUCGGCGACGAAGACUAUGAUGAACACAUGGAUGAGGACGAAGAAGAUGACGAAGACCCGGAAGCAACGAAACGUAAAUUACGCUCAGGCGAGGCUACAACUCCGAAAAAAGCUAAAGUUUAACUACCUUUACUGCAUUAAAUAGUUUGAGAAACUGAAUAAACUGUGUUUUGUAAAAAU